AUGGCGAACGACAAUUCGGACUUCAAACUCUACCGCUACGAUCCCUCGGCAGCCGCGGCCGUGAUUUUCGUCACCUUGUUCGCCCUCGCGUCUUUCCUGCACACAUACCAGCUCCUCCGCACACGAACAUGGUUCUUCGUGCCCUUCUGUGUUGGCGGGUACUUUGAAGCCAUCGGGUACGUUGGCCGGGCGAUUGGAUCUCAAGAGAGCCCGAACUGGAGCGUGGGGGGAUUUGUGCUGCAGUCGGUCCUCAUCCUCGUCGCCCCGGCGCUGUUCGCGGCUACUAUCUACAUGGAGCUCGGGAGGAUUAUCUUGUUGACGGAUGGGGCGGCUCAUUCGAUCUUGAAUCCGAGGUGGUUGACCAAGAUAUUUGUCGCGGGCGACGUCUUUUCGUUCUUGAUGCAAGCGUCUGGUGGCGGAAUCAUGGCUAGCGGGACCGAAUCGUCCAUGAACACGGGCAAGAACAUCAUCAUCGGCGGGCUCGUCAUCCAAGUCAUCUUCUUCUCCUUCUUCGUCACCGUCGGCUUGACCUUCCACCUGCGCAUGCACCAGGGGCCCUCGUCCAGGGUCCUCGCCGACAUCAACAUCGCGGUGGUCUGGAAGAAACACAUCUACACCCUCUACGGCGCCAGUCUACUCAUCCUCGUGCGGUCCGUCUUCCGACUGGUCGAGUAUGGGCAGGGAAACUCUGGCUACCUGAUCUCGCACGAGGUGUUUCUGUAUCUCUUUGACGCGGUGCUGAUGUUUGCCACUAUGGUGCUGUUUGCUGUGGUCCAUGGCAGUGAGCUCAACGCGUUGGUGAAGGGUGGCAGUGGCAGGGUUGUAAGGAGGGUUGUCUCGGUCUACAGCUUGAAAGGGACUAGAGGCAGCCGCCUGCCAUGA